AAAUUAAAGAGUACAUCCAAAUAUAUUUAUCAAACAUUAUUUUUGAAUGGUGAAAAUAGUGACAUUAAGAUUUGUGCUCUAGGAGAAGAGUGGAACUUACACAAAAUAUAUUUAUGUCAAUCUGGCUACUUUUCUAGUAUGUUUAGUGGUUCUUGGAAAGAAUCCAGCAUGAAUAUUAUUGAACUGGAGAUUCCUGACCAGAAUAUUGAUAUAGAAGCACUGCAGGUUGCAUUUGGUUCACUGUAUCGAGAUGAUGUCUUAAUAAAGCCCAGCCGAGUUAUUGCCAUUUUGGCAGCAGCAAGUAUGCUGCAGUUGGAUGGUUUAAUACAGCAGUGUGGUGAGACAAUGAAGGAAACAAUUAAUGUGAAAACUGUAUGUGGCUAUUACACAUCAGCAGGGACCUAUGGAUUAGAUUCUGUAAAGAAAAAGUGCCUUGAAUGGCUAUUGAACAAUUUGAUGACUCACCAGAAUGUUGAACUUUUAAAAGAACUCAGUAUAAAUGUUAUGAAACAGCUCAUUGGUUCAUCUAACUUAUUUGUGAUGCAAGUGGAAAUGGAUGUAUACACAGCACUAAAAAAGUGGAUGUUCCUUCAACUUGUGCCUUCUUGGAAUGGGUCUUUAAAACAGCUUUUGACGGAAACAGAUGUCUGGUUUUCUAAGCGGAAAAGAGAUUUUGAAGGUAUGACCUUUCUUGAAACUGAACAAGGAAAACCAUUUGUGUCAGUAUUCAGACAUUUAAGGUUGCAGUAUAUUAUUAGUGAUCUGGCUUCUGCAAGAAUUAUUGAACAAGAUUCUCUAGUACCUUCAGAAUGGCUCUUCUCUGUAUAUAAACAGCAGUGGCUUGCUAUGCUACGGGCAGAACAAGACAGUGAGGUGGGGCCUCAAGAAAUCAAUAAAGAAGAACUAGAAGGAAAUAGCAUGAGGUGUGGUAGAAAGCUUGCCAAAGAUGGUGAAUACUGCUGGCGGUGGACGGGUUUUAACUUCGGCUUUGAUUUACUUGUAACUUACACCAAUCGUUACAUCAUUUUCAAGCGCAAUACACUGAAUCAGCCAUGUAGCGGAUCUGUCAGUUUACAGCCGCGAAGGAGCAUAGCCUUUAGGUUGCGUUUGGCUUCUUUUGAUAGUAGUGGAAAACUAAUAUGUAGUAGAACAACUGGCUAUCAAAUACUUACACUUGAAAAGGAUCAGGAACAAGUGGUAAUGAACUUGGACAGCAGGCUUCUGAUCUUCCCUUUAUAUAUCUGCUGUAACUUCUUGUAUAUAUCACCAGAAAAAAGAACUGAAAAUAAUCGUCACUCAGAAAAUCCAGAAAACUGAGGAUCUCAUCAGUCAGAAACAGUAGCACUUUGAAAACUUUUUAGGCCAUCUUUAAUGUAAUGGUCCUACUGAUAUCCACAUCUAAGGUGACUAACAAUGACAAAGGCCUUAUGAACUACAUAAACAAUACAGAAGAUUAUUCUUAUCCUCAUUACAUUUCUAUGCAUAUAUGAAGAAAACAUUUUAAAGCCAAGAAAACAUGUCAAACCAUUUGUUAUAAAGAUGUUAACCCAUGCUUUUAAUUUAGCAUCAAUAGAAAAUUGCUGUAGGUAAAUCUCUCAUUUCUUUGCAAUAAAAUACAGAUUUAACUUUUAGCUUAAACUUUUUCCCUACCUUCUGUUAGGGAACCUCAGUUAUCCAUCUAUAAAUUUAUUUUUAUGUGGCUAAAGGAAUAAUUUGAAUGGCCAAAUUAUAAAUUAUAAUUGAAUUUCCUUUUAGUUUUUUGCCUGCUCAUUAUGAUUCCUCCUGUGAUCCCUUUCCAAUCUAUGUUUGUUUUUAAUUAUUAAAUACUUUUUCCAUAUCUUUGGAGACUAAGCUAAGGAAAUUUUUUUUAACUUAAAUGUUUUCAUGCUAUUUUAUUUAAAUUUAGUUUUCCUUAGAUUUUGACAACAAAACCAGCUUCAGACCUGCAGAUGAACUUGAAUGAGGGAAAAUCAGUUUGAGUCUGAGGCUAUUUCUUGCCUUAUGUGGUCUUUUCUUUGACAUUCUGUACACCUUUGUUAGGUUGUGAACUAUUUAUGUAUACUAGGUAUUGUAAUUUUCAUAAUCUCUGAUCUUUGGAACUGUUUAUGUUCUAAUUUUAGUUGGGAAUCCUGUUUCCUAGUUAAGCUCAGGACUUUACAACCUUUAAAUUGAGUGCCUUUGAGUUAUACAUGCUAAUAGAAAUUUCAUAAUAAAUGUAAAUAAGGUCAGGAUCUGUAUGGAAAUUGAUAAUAAAGCAUUAAUGUAAAAAUGGAACUUAUUUUUGUCAAAAAUGAGAUGUACACUUGUCAUGAUUUAUAUAUGUAGUUUUCUUGUGUUUAUUGCUGUUUUGAAAAUAGUCAUGAUGUUUUCUUUCCAGUCAGAGUAAAUACUUCUGUGGUUAAUGUAUAUUUUUUAGUAUUUUUUUUAAGUGGGAAUAAUUUCUAUGUAUCUGUACAAAUAAAUGCCCAUUUGGAAAAAUAAUAAAUAAGCUCUUAUAUAAUAUGAACCAAAAAA